AUGAAAGAGGAAUGUCAGGCCACUCUUACUUUCCUUGGAUUGUACAAUUUUAUGGCCACCAAAGUUGAAGUGUUUAACACUGACACAGAACAGUAUGACACUUUUAACUUAAUUGAUGAGGAACAAAUGCAACAAUCGGACACUGAGGGAAAUGAAAUAACUGACACCCAGGCUGAUGACAUCAACUACUGGAUUUACAUCAAGGACAAAUUCAAUAUUUCCAAUGAUGCAUGGCAUGAAAUGGCAUUGAGAUCUAAAACAAUACCAAAUACUUACAAGACAACUCGAAAGAUAAAUGAAUUAAACCAGCAAUGGAAAAUAAGAGAUACCCCUGGUCAAGCAGAAGGGGUGCAAAUCAGCUUCAAAGAAAGCCUCAAGGAACAAAUUACCAACUUACAAAGGAAAGGAGAUUUAGAAGGAGAUACCAUUGGGGUGAAGAUAAGUGGAGAUGGCACAAACAUUGGAAAAAGACUUAAGCUAGUAAAUGUAACAUAUACAAUUUUAAAUGAGAAAGAGGCUGCAAUGAGUGAGAAGGGCAAUUAUGUUCUGGCUAUACUCAAGACAAGUGAAAACUAUGACAAUCUGAAGGAAAGUCUCUCUGAUUUAACACAAGAAAUGUCGAAAUUAAAUAAGGUAACAGUUGAGGGUAAAACCUAUAAUAUUGAAUACUUUCUCGGUGGGGAUUGGAAGUUCCUGGCAUGUGUCUGUGGGUUGGGGGCUGCUAACCAAGACUACGCCUGUAUCUGGUGCAAAUGCCCUCGCAACCAGAGACAUGACAUCCAAAGGGUAUGGUCACUUUCUAACAGUGCUCAGGGUGCCAGAUCACUGGAGGAAAUUUCAAGCUUUGCCAAAUCAAAAAAGUUUAAUUGCAAAGCAACUCCAUUAUUUAAUUUCAUACCAAUUGAUCAUGUCAUUAUUGAUACCUUACAUUUAUUUCUCCGCAUAUCAGAUAAUUUAACAGAACUUUUAAUCAGGGAAUUAAGGAGAAAGGAUGCUUGUGAGAAGAUAACAACAUUUCACAAUGGUUUUUCUCGAGAGAAAUUUAAACAUAUGGCAGCAUAUGAAACGUUUCUCAAAACCCUUGGCAUUUCUUUUGAGUGGAGAAUAAACAAAACACAAAAAAACUGGACUAUAGAGAUCUCACGGGUCCUGAAAAACUAA